CGGCGUGGGGGGAGUAGAAGCUUCUGAAUGUGAGCGGGAGCUAUACUCGGAGCUGGAGCCGCUGAGUGCAGAGAGCCCGGAGCCGGGGCGGCGAGCGUCGCGAGGAGAGCCGGAGAGCCAGUGGUCGAGGGCAGCUGUAGCCCAGAGUGCUGUCGCGGCGAUGGCCGUGGCGGUGGGGAGACCCAACAAUGAAGACCUUCGAAACUUAUCUCUCUCUGGUCAUGUUGGAUUUGACAGUCUUCCUGACCAAUUGGUCAACAAGUCCACAUCCCAAGGGUUCUGCUUUAAUAUCCUCUGUGUUGGUGAGACGGGCAUUGGUAAGUCAACCUUAAUGGAUACAUUAUUCAACACCAAGUUUGAAAGUGACCCAGCUACUCACAAUGAGCCAGGAGUCCGGUUAAAAGCCAGGAGUUAUGAGCUUCAGGAGAGCAAUGUCCGUCUGAAACUGACCAUCGUUGAUACUGUAGGAUUUGGAGACCAGAUAAACAAAGAUGACAGCUAUAAACCAAUAGUAGAAUAUAUUGAUGCACAAUUUGAAGCUUACCUGCAAGAGGAAUUGAAGAUCAAGCGUUCUCUGUUCAAUUACCAUGAUACCCGGAUCCACGCUUGCCUUUACUUCAUUGCCCCCACUGGACAUUCUCUGAAGUCCCUCGACCUUGUUACCAUGAAGAAACUGGACAGCAAGGUGAACAUCAUCCCCAUCAUAGCAAAAGCAGAUACCAUUGCCAAAAAUGAGCUGCACAAAUUCAAGAGUAAAAUCAUGAGUGAACUCGUCAGUAAUGGUGUUCAAAUAUACCAGUUCCCUACAGAUGAAGAGACAGUGGCAGAGAUUAAUGCAACAAUGAGUGUCCAUCUUCCAUUUGCUGUGGUUGGAAGUACUGAAGAAGUAAAGAUUGGAAAUAAGAUGGCAAAGGCCAGGCAGUACCCUUGGGGUGUGGUACAAGUUGAGAAUGAAAACCACUGUGACUUUGUAAAACUUCGGGAGAUGCUGAUCCGAGUAAACAUGGAGGAUUUGAGAGAACAAACCCAUACCCGUCACUAUGAAUUGUAUCGACGUUGUAAGCUAGAAGAAAUGGGAUUCAAAGACACAGAUCCUGAUAGCAAACCCUUCAGCCUUCAAGAGACAUAUGAAGCAAAGAGAAACGAAUUCUUGGGAGAACUUCAGAAGAAAGAGGAGGAAAUGAGACAAAUGUUUGUCAUGAGGGUGAAAGAAAAAGAAGCUGAACUUAAAGAGGCAGAAAAAGAUCUUCAUGAAAAGUUUGACCUUCUAAAGCGGACACAUCAGGAAGAGAAAAAGAAAGUGGAAGACAAAAAGAAGGAGCUUGAGGAGGAGGUCAACAACUUUCAGAAGAAGAAAGCAGCAGCUCAGCUCUUACAGUCGCAGGCGCAGCAGGCUGGUGCCCAACAAACCAAGAAAGACAAAGACAAGAAAAAUGCAAGCUUCACAUAAAGCCUGGCAAGCCAAGGAUGUUCCCGCAUUCACCUGCUUUUGCAGUAACGUGUCCCUGCCAUCUGUGUUCUGUUUUUUCUUUUAUCCGCCCACCCCUCUCCCCCAAGCACCAAUAACUCUUUUAACUCAUUUCACUGGAGGUGGGUGGUGGGAGAAGGUAGAAAAGGGAAAUGAUGGUAACUGCUAUGUUCACCUGGAUUUCGUCUCUGGAAAGUAAAUGGUUUGCCUUUUAUGUCAAUUCAGAACAGUCACAGUUGAGCACACCUGUUACUUGUAUGUUGCUUUGGAAUGAAAAAGUAGUGUACAUUGUGCCAUUGUGUCUGACAUGGAAACUGUUCUCACUGCCUCACCAGCUGAACUAAAACCUGAAUGACCACGAAAGCUAGUAUUUCCUUGAUUUGUACCCAUGACUGCCUGAUGCCCACAUCCACUCUGCCUCUUCUCUUUCCCCACCCUUCUCUCUACUCCAGUAGCUUUUUGCUUAGAUAACAUAAUAGAUAAACAAAGCAUGACUUGGAUUGAAUUUUUCAGUUUAGUGCAGGUUUCUUGUCAGCCUUCCAGAGCGUCAGACUGCCUCAGAUCACUGUUUUUAAAAUGAAGCUAGAUUCAUGAUUCACAAACAUGGGGAAGAUUAUUCUAAGAGCUUUGAGCAUUUAACUCUCCAUCACCAGCAUCACCUAGUUUUUCAAGAAAAUUACAAAUCACUGAUCAAAUGCCAUCUUUCAGUAAAAAAACAUACAAAAUCUAAAAAUUUUCCCCAUCCUUUCAGCUUAAUGAACCUCUUCUCCAUACUUUAGUUUGUUUUCCACAGGAAGACUAGCAUUAUCUCCUAGUAGCAGAAAAACCAUAACUACUUCUGCUACUGGAUCUAUCUACAAGAUUUCCCCCCCAAAAUUUGUUUUGUCACUUCACUACUACUCCAGAUAAAACACUGUAGCAGUAACUCUAGCUUUUGAACUUCCAUAUUUCAGUGGACCUUUUGACAUAUGUAUUAGAGCUAUAGGGCCAAGGAAAAAGCCAAUUUGAAUCAAGAAAUAAAAACUCAACUUUCCUCUCCACCAGCUUCCAUUUGUAUCAUUUAGCUUGUCAAAAAGCAAAGAGAACAGAUACGUCUUGGAACCUAGUUGGCUUCAGGGAAUUCCCCUUGCUCUAUCACUGUAGUCUCUCAGACAAAGCAUUUAUGUCUCUUAAGACCGUAGAUAUAGUGCCAAAGGGUCUCAAGCAGGGGAGUCAGAGAGAACAUAAGGAGAGUUGUUAGUCUUUUUAACACAUUCACAUUUUCCUGUCCUAAUUGAUACUUAAAAAAAUUUUUUUACUUAAGAUCUUUACUGUACUUUUAGAGACAUUGGAGCCUUGCUGCCUCUGGAAAUAACAUGAAAUAGCUUCCCAUGUUGAUCCUCCUAAGUUUCUGGUGAUGAGAUAUGCCAGCUUUCCCUUUGCUUCUAGCUAGUCUUUCUCUCACUUUUACAUUUAACAUAUUUUUCUCUGGAACUCAGAUCCUCCAUCUCUUCUUGCCUUUCCUCCUAGUGCCUUGCCAGGGUAGAAUGGUUAGUAUUUUGUUAUUUAAACCGCCUCUCCAGGCUGCUGAAGUGAAAAACUUUUGUUUGGCCUCUUCUCUUUCCCAACCCCCACCAACCAAUUUUCAUAGAAUUUUUUAGGGCAGGAAGAAUUUCCAGAAACUGAUUUGGGACCAUAGGGGCAAAGCUUUCUUGGGAAACCAUUUAGAAGCUCAAAAAUACACUAAAAAUGUGAGUUUCAAAUCUAGAAGCAGCAGCAGUAAUGGAACUAAGAGGUUUAACUGGAUCUCCAUGGGAUGUUUCUGCAGUUCUAUUACAAAGUAAACUGUGGAGCAGCUAAAUUCUAGGAAUUUUUCUUGGCAUGAUGAAACCAGUUUCCUAACCAUGGGCUGCAUUUUCUCAUGCAUUAUACUAAAAGUCAAAAACUCAACCGCUUUUGUGACGUGCUUGCACCAGCUGCUUUGUGUGUCUGCGUCUUUUAAAGUAGCCCUUUUUGUGCCUCUGUAUAGGAAUUAAAUUUUUUUAAUUGCUUCCUUGUAUCACUAAAGCCUUUUUAAGGUAAUUCAGCAGUGAAAAAGCAUCCAGUCUUAGCCAUUUUGACUUUUUGACCCAAAGCUAUUACAUUUGCAUUAAGAACUUCAUUAGGUUUUGGGUUUUGGGUUUUGUUUGGGGUUUUUUAUUUUUUUAUUUUUUUUUUUAAGUAUUUUAAUGCUGCCACUAACUUAAUUUUUACUGCCAUCCCUCCCCUGGCCUUCUUGAGCUUGUUACUGCUGCUCUUCUCUUUUCUUUCUGUAUUUAUGCCUUUUUUCACAGUAGUCCUUGGCUCUGCACGGAAUAAAUGAUACCCUCAAAUCUAAUUGGAUGUACUUUCACCUCUGCAUGUAAGUAUGGGAACAAGAAGCCUCUUUGACCUCUCAGCCUUUAAAAAAUAUUGAGUGGGACAGAUGGGAUGGGGGGUCGGGAAUCUGUUUCAUUUUGUUAACUUCAACAGCAUCAGAAAGAUAGGCAUCAUCAUCAAUUCCUCACAAUAGUCCCAUGGAUUCAGAUUCCCCUUAAAAUCACUGUGGAAGUCUUCAGUGGCUUGUCACACGGUGAGACCAUACAGGGAGCGUUAUCUGACAUCACAAAUGGCUUUAGGUGGUACAAUCGUUCCUCACUGCCAAAGAAAGUGACAUUUCUAGAUACAACCUCCAUUGAACAGUAUCUUUGGUGCAAGUAUUAUAGUGCCCUUUCACUGUAUCACUCGUUUUAGCAGCUGGAAGUGACCACCAAGAUUUUGCUCCCUUUAGGACUUCAAUACCAAGAAUUCAAUAGCAAGUCCUACAUAGAGUGGUUAGGAAUGUCAAAAUGUGUUUUGCAAUCCAGAAUCUUUAUACAUUUGUAAAAAACAGUAGAUUGUGAUACCUAGACCAAGGGAGCUCUAGAACUAGCUCAUUAGUUUAGGGGUACGAGUUACCUGUUUUUCUUCUUUCCCUGCUUUGUAAUCUCAUAAGCUGAUGACAUUUGCUUAACCUCAUUGACUUGAACCCCCAUCAAUAAUAGGUUUGGUUCCUUCCCUUCCUCCCCUUCCCAUCCACUGCUCUCCCAACCCCCGCCAACGUUUUGUAGACUGUUCAGUCAGGUUUUUCUGCUGUGACUUACUCAAGCCCACUUGUCUCCAUGUGGUCCUACCAAUCCCGUCCAUUCAAGUCACUUGACCUUGCUGUGCUUCUUCAUCAGAAAUAGUUACGUUUCCUAAUCUAAGGAACAUGGUUCUACUGGCAGGUCAUCUACGAGAGGAUUUGUCUGAAUAGUGGGAUUGGGAUCGCCAAAGCUUAGCAUAUGAAAUAAUAUGAAGGGAAUUUUUUUUUUCAUGAACCGAAAAUAAAGCUGUGAAGAGCAGUAGAACUGUUUCCUAAUUUUUAAAUUUAUGCUGAUAUGCCUUAAACUGUAGCAGUAGACUCUUGCCACUUUGCUGUUUAAAAAAAGUCAAUGUUUUCCCAAACCUUGUGUAAUCUCCAUCAAUGUUGAUACAGUAUUGUUCGACAUGUACACAGCAUGUUAAACACUUGUAAAUUUAAAAAAACAAAACUAAAAGUUAUUGUAUUGAUGUCAAACAUUUCAUUUUGAAGUACUGAUCGCUUUACAAAUUUUAUUAGGUUAAGGGGAUAGUGGAAAGGUAACCUAUGCAUAUAUCCAUAGUGCCAAGACAUGAAGGGGGGAAAUAUAUUUUUACCCAAACGUUG